AUUAUAAUCCUUUGGUUGAUAAAUUAAAGCCUUCACGUAAAUUUAAAUUAUGUCAACAGUCUUAAUAGGAAAAAUACUGGGAUGGAUAGGCUUUAUUACACUUAUUCAUUCCACAUAUUCUACUUAUGAACAUCUGUCGUAUCUAAAAGCUGUUGAAAAGGCAAAUGAUAUGCCAAUUGAGAUUACAGUCGAAUGUCUUUUUUCUGUAAUAAUCUUUGCAAUUAGUGUAAUAUUAGUAGCGGGUCCUUUAAAACCAAUAUUAAUGAAAAGCGAAAUGGUGAAAAAGUCCAUUGACAAAGUUGAUACGCGCCCUUCCUUCAAUACUUUUAAUCAUCGAGGUAGGAUAAUUAAAUCAUCAUUGGAUAUAAAAUAAUAUUUACUAUAAUCUUUUCUCUUAA